UUCAUUCUGUUCCUCGCUUUGGGGUUUAUUUUCUUUCUUUCUCCAUUAUUCCCUCAAUUAUCUGGAGAUCUUCGGAUUUGCCUCUUUCCACUUUAAUGGAGGGGUAUUUACCCAUAAUGUCUGAAAUUAACGAGAGUUGUCAUUAGCAGAGCCUGGUUAGGUAGGAAUUCAACAGUUCAAACUCUUAAUUCGCUGCAUCUUCAGAAUUCAUAUUCACCAUCAUUAACCCCUGCCUAAUAAUCAUAUAGGCAUUCUCCAACAAACACCGAAGUUAUAGAGUCUCGAGGCUUCUCAAAGCCUCCUAGUAGAACAAGGUGCCUGGAUAAUUUCAGAUUCAUCAAAUCAACUCUGCUGGGAUUGACCAGCAGUCGAUCUUCCAACAAUUGGUUCCGAUAACGAUGAAAAGUUUCAGGAAACUCUUCCUUGGGUUUUUAAACGUCCUAAUUUUGGCAUUCGCAAUCUUCCAAACCGUUUGUGUGUUGAUAUACAAUCAUGAUCCCCCCAACAAACAGUGCUACAAAAACUCUGCCCCGACGAUUUUUUGGUUGUCAGCCUACUUGUUGAUCAUGUCAUUGAUAGGGUUGAUGGCUUCAUAUUGUAAGUCCGGAUCCCUGCAGAUCUUUUAUGCGUGGCUGAUGGCGAUGACUACGAUUGUGGCCAUCACUUUCAGCAUUUUCAUGUUUUUGACUUUGCCCAAUGAGUCCGCAAAUGCUACAUAUCAGAAGACGCAGACCGGAAAUUGGCUAGCCGGAUUCUCCCCACUCUUGCGCUUAAUUUUAGUGAAUGAUCAGGAAUGGAAUAGGGCCAAGACGUGUUUGAUCGACAAGGGAUUAUGUCAGGGGUUCAGAAAUCAUUCUGCCAGUUCGCCAUGGGAUUACUUGUACUACGUUCAGUUGGGCUGCUGUAGUCCACCAAAACGUUGUGGUUUUCUGCAAAGAAAUGAAAGCUUCUGGGAGAUCCCAGAAUCUGGGUUUGCUUCCCAGAACGAGGAAUGCCAAAUGUGGGCAAACAGCAGGAACAGGGGAGGGUGCUACGAUUGUGACUCAUGCAAAGCAGGUUACCUAACCAAAUUCCAGAUGGACUGGCAGGCUGAUAAGGCACUAUUCGUGGCCAUCCUUCUCAUCCUCAUAGUUAGUACCUCCCUCGCCUUCUGGACCUUCGGUUGCAGGGAUGAAAGCGAGCAUGCCCGUGAACAAAGGAAAUACAGGAACAUGGUCAAUGCUUAGUGUGCCAAUUUCAAUUUUGUUCCCUUUUGUUGUGGCUGAAUCGUUCACUGUAGAAUAUAGAUGGCCAACCAACUUUGGUGGAGUUCAAUUUGGGCAAUGUUCGUCAUAUUUGAUGCAAUUGCCUCUGAAUUUGGUAGUUUUGCUGCAGUAGAUUGUAAGUACAUGUACCAGAAUCACUUCUCUCACCCUAUCCCAUAGCAAUAGAGGUGCAUUUACGAAAUUUAGGCUUAGUGAUUGAGAGCUUUUAUUGUUGUGCAGAUUCUAGAUUUGUGUGUCCCUUCAGGCUGCCUUAGGCCUGUGGUUUUCUCAAAUCAUCCUUUGCUCUAAAAAGUUCAGAAAAGGGGGAAAAAGAGAAAAGAAAACAACAGCAAUACAAUGCUGUUCUGAUACAGUAGCACACUUCUCCAUGUAUACCAUUUUUUAAGUGCUUAUGCAUUUUUAAUUUUAAA